GACUGACAGGCACAGCGCGGCCAAGCACUAGCUGCCCAACUCGAGCGCGCAGAGCCCCAGAGCAAACGCAAGCGACCAGCUGCCCAAGUGCGAUUUGCUCCGCAUCCCCCACCGGACCCCACCCCUCGAUCCUCUAGAACCCUGCAGGACCUUCCGCCGAUCCGCCUCCAUGGCCGCCGCGCGGCCGCCGACGCCGACGCCGACACCGCCGCCUCCGGCGCGGCUGCGGUCGCUGUGGUCGACGCUGGAGGACCAGCGCGGGGCCGCGGUGCCGCUGCUCUCCUCGGCCUGGACUCUCCCGACCACCUCCGGGCAGGAGGCGGAGCGGCCAAAGGAGGGGUUUUUGCGGCGGGCCUCCGCCGCGGUGGCGCGCUGGUGGGGUGCCGCGUGCGGCGCGGUGGCGGAGCUCUGGGCGUUCGCGCGGGCCGACCCGCGGAAGCCCGUCUUCGCGGGGAAGGUCGGCGUCGCACUCGCGCUCAUCUCACUGCUCGUCUUCCUCCGGGAGCCGCGCGACAUCGUCAGCCACUCCAUCUGGGCCAUCCUCACAGUUGUCGUCGUCUUCGAGUUCAGCAUCGGUGCAACCUUAAGCAAAGGGUUUAAUAGGGGAUUGGGGACACUAACUGCUGGAGCUUUUGCUCUAGCGGUUGCAGAAUUGUCCAAAAACCUGGGAGAAUUGGAGGAAGUGAUUCUUAUAAUGAGCAUCCUUCUUGUCGCCUUUUUCACAACCUUGACAAAGCUGCAUCCGAAGAUGAAGCCAUAUGAAUAUGGGUUCCGUGUGUUCUUGUUGACGUUCUGUUAUGUUAUGGUCUCUGGGUACAACACUGGGAAGUUCACUGAUACAGCUACAAGCAGAUUUAUAUUGAUUGCUAUUGGUGCUGCUGUCAGUCUUGGUAUCAACAUAGGUGUUUACCCAAUCUGGGCAGGAGAGGAUUUGCACAACUUGAUAGCAAAGAAUUUCACUGGUGUUGCAAAAUCCUUGGAAGGUUGUGUUGAUGGAUAUCUGAAAUGCAUGGAAUACGAAAGGAUUCCUUCAAAAAUACUUGUGUACCAAGCAUCAGAUGAUCCUCUAUAUAGUGGGUACAGGGCAGCUGUUGAGGCAUCUGCACAGGAGGAAACCCUGCUUGGUUUUGCUAUAUGGGAGCCACCCCAUGGUCCUUACAAAACGAUGAACUAUCCAUGGAGGAGUUUCACCAAAGUUGGUGGAGCAUUGAGGCACUGUUCCUUUGCAGUCAUGGCGUUGCAUGGUUGCAUUCUUUCGGAAAUUCAGGCACCUCCAGAAAGCAGAAAAGUUUUUGCUGCAGAGAUUGAGAAAGUGGGGCAAGAAGGUGCUAAAGUGUUGCGUGAGCUUGGAGACAGAGUUAAGACGAUGACCAAGUUGAGUUCUUUAGAUAUUCUAUUUGAAGUCCACAUGGCAGCUGAAGAAUUGCAAAAAAAGAUUGAUGAAAAGUCAUACCUUCUGGUGAAUACUGAAAGAUGGGAUGCUAGCAAGCAGGCUCAAGGGAUCAAAGAAGUCCUGAAUGGCACCAGUGCUGUGGAAAAAGAAAACAGAAACAAAGAAAACAAGAAUGAAGGAGUGGAGCCUACCAAUGUUGAUCAAACUUUAGCGCAUCAAUCAAAGAGCUUUCUUGGGAACUCAUUUCUAAACAGAUAUGAUUCAACGUCAACAAUAGAUGGUUUUAAGCUGUCUUGGCCUCCUCGAAGAUCGUUCCAUCCAAACCUGCCACUUGAAGAUGAGGACUCCAAAACAUACGAAAGUGCAAGCGCUUUGUCCUUGGCCACAUUUGCAUCACUUUUGAUUGAGUUUGUUGCCCGGCUACAGAAUGUUGUUAACGCAUUUAAUGAGUUAAGUGAGAAGGCUAACUUUAAGGAUCCUGUGGAGGAGCCUACUGCAGUUGGCACAAGUGAUGGUGGGUUUUUCGAUAAAAUACGCAAAUUGGUAGGAUUCUAGAGUUGACACUGAUGAUGAUCCUGCAAGGUUUCAGAUAACCUUGCAAUCAUGUUUUGGCAUCCCGUUUCCGUUUUCAAAAGAAUUUUGGGGUACAGAAUGUACACUAACUUGUAAAUUUGCAAUCUGAUGGUUGCCAGUUGUAUUGCUGGGGUUCGGUUUAAGCCACAGAAGUAAUUCACUAUGGUGCAAUGCUGAUCAUAUGUCAACUGUAUUGUGUUUUCAGCGCCUUGUAAAUAAUAUUGCAUCCUGCUGAUUGCACGUAUGCAUAUCUUACGUGAAGGGUUUGUUUGAAGUA